CUCAGUCCGGUGGCACAGCGGGAGGGAGGCGCGAGGCAGGAGCUGGCGGCUGGGCUCGGCAGCGCAUCUAGCGCAGCGCGGCGCCCCGGGCCCGGCCCCAUGCCCGCAGCCCCGCCGGACCACCCUUGAGCGCGGGCGCCCCGCCCGCGCCCCCCGCCCGCCGGCACCAUUGCCCCGACGGCGCGGCCCGGCGGCCCGGCGCUCCCCAGGCUCCGCGCCGGCCGGAAGACGCUGCUGGCGGCCGCCGCGGGCGUGGUGAUGCUGCUGGUGCUGGUGGUGCUCAUCCCCGUGCUGGUGAGCUCGGGCGGCCCUGAAGGCCACUAUGAGAUGCUGGGCACUUGCCGCAUGGUGUGCGACCCCUACCCCGCGCGGGGCCCCGGCGCCGGCGUGCGGCCCGACGGCGGCGACGCUCUGAGCGAGCAGAGCGGCGCGCCCCCGCCCUCCACGCUGGUGCAGGGCCCCCAGGGGAAGCCGGGCCGCACAGGCAAGCCGGGCCCCCCGGGGCCCCCCGGGGACCCGGGUCCUCCGGGCCCUGUGGGGCCACCCGGGGAGAAAGGUGAGCCGGGCAAGACCGGCCCUCCCGGGCUGCCGGGCGCGGGGGGCAGCGGCGCCAUCAGCACGGCCACCUACACCACGGUGCCGCGCGUGGCCUUCUACGCUGGCCUCAAGAACCCUCACGAGGGUUACGAGGUGCUCAAGUUCGACGACGUGGUCACCAAUCUAGGCAACAACUACGACUCGACCAGCGGCAAGUUUACGUGCAACAUUCCCGGCACCUACUUUUUCACCUACCACGUCCUCAUGCGCGGCGGCGACGGCACCAGUAUGUGGGCGGACCUCUGCAAGAACGGCCAGGUGCGGGCCAGUGCCAUUGCCCAGGACGCGGACCAGAACUACGACUACGCCAGCAACAGCGUGAUCCUGCAUCUGGACGCGGGCGACGAGGUCUUCAUCAAGCUCGACGGAGGCAAAGCGCACGGCGGCAACAGCAACAAAUACAGCACGUUCUCUGGCUUCAUCAUCUACUCCGAUUGAGCUCCCGCGGCCCCUGCACCUUCAUCCCCCUGGGGCUCUUUCCUGGCGGGCAGAGGAUGACCUGUCUCCUGCCCACCCCCUCGCUGCCGGCCCUCCCCGGCUAUGACGCCCCUGCCCGGCCCGCACUCACCACCGCCGGGCCACAGCUAGGCCCUCCCGCCGGCUCGCCGCAGAGCCGGGUCCAGCGCACCCCGUCCCGGUCCCCGGAAAGCGGUGUUGACCGCCCCGCCCCGGCCUCACUGUAUAUUUGUACGAUAGGACUGCUGUUUAUUGCCCUCCCUGCCCGCCACCCCGCUCCAGCGUGGGAACAGGUCUCGGCGGGGUCGACGCGCUGCCCUCCAGCCCCGGGGUGGCCAUGCCUGGGAGAGGGAUUGGUUGG